AUGCGGCGAUCGCGCAGCGCCGGCGAUAAAUUCGUGUUCGGUUCACGACGUCGCACUUUGACGCCCUCGUCUCGAUUCGAUGAAGAAGAACAGGACACCGAAUCAUUUAUUGGUAUGAAAUCGCCGAGACCAAAUAGGGCCCCCAUGUCACCAGCGAGGAAUCCACAAUUGAGCAAGGAUAGACAAUACUGGAACAGUAACUAUCACAUUACCGAGUGGCAACGACGUCAACCUUCAAAUGAAUUUGAGAAAAAGGAACUUGAACGGUUUCACAAAUGGAUCCUUGAAAGUGACAAAAAUGCCUCUGUACGUCAAGAUGUGGUCAACCUGGUGAAAAUGUUAUUUCAGAAGCAAUGA